AUGCAGCAUGCUCCCUCGUUGAGAUUCAGACUCUCACCAACUUUGCUAUAUCAACCUUUUGUUUCUAUAGCCAAAUCAGCUAAUCCAUCUCAUCGAACCUUUGAGCACAACAUGGCAUUGGAAACUUCCUCUCCCAGUCACCAAGGCCUGACGCCUCCAGAUAGCCCAAUGAAAGGGUCGGCCACGCCUCAAGCUACCGUGGAGGAUCUGAAGCAUCUCUUUGACGUGCUUGAAAAGGUGCUGUUCGAUCUUACCAACCGAGACCCUCCAAAUACUCCUGUCUUCCAGGACCAUUCCCCACCAGGCCCCGAUAUGGUCCAACUGAAGCAACUGUUAGAGAAGGUCAUCCGCAAAGGAUAUUCUUCAGCUGAGCCUCCCGUGGCAAAUGAGCCUUCUGAGCCUUCUCAAUCUUGCUUUUCCAGCAAUGAGCAGGCAGAGAAGGUCCAGGCGGCAGAUGGGCUUGAUCUCGAAAGCCCGAUCUGUACCACACCGGAUGAUUUCAAGUCGUUUGAGAAAUGGGCAUCAAAAUCCCAAUUUAAAACAGUUAUGGAAAGCUGGGACAAAGAGGCAUGUAAAUACAAGAUAGCCGAGCCAACGGGGACUAGCAAUGACCUGGAUGACUACGCUGAGUAUGCAUUCGUUGUCCGUGAACGUGUUGACCGAACGUCCGAGGAGGUAGUUCCAUUCAUAGACAUCAAGUCGGAAGGCCUACGCGACAUCCUGCGAGACGUGCUGCACGACAUCAAGGCCGUUAGCCUGAUGGAGGACAAGCCAUCGAUCGAGCAAAAUUUCCUUUUUCAUUUCCUCCCAGAGCUCGACAGAUGUGCGGAGAACAUGGAUAGCAGUUCAGACCAUGAGUCGGCACAUGCGGAGCAUCUCCUCUUGCUCAUCGACCACCUCAAGCACGCAUAUGCUUCUACUUUGCAGCGUCUCGAAUCAAUGUUGCAGCACGGUCAUAUUACAUAUGACCUUCUUUGGGCGCUUUUCAAGCCUGGUUGCCAUGUUUAUACCACAUGCAUUGGCACAAAAGAGCCGCGAUGUGUCGUAUUCGACGCGGGCGAAGAGAUGACACAAAAUGACGAGACGUGGUUGAAUCUCGAGUGCCGAUUUCUUGAUUAUAACGGAGUCAAGUUCGGCGAGGCCGGUAUCUUUCUGCGAGUGGCCAAGUUCCGAGGAUCAAAGCCGAUCGAAACCCUUGAGGCCUUCCCUCUCCACCACCAUUCAAAUCACGAGCAAGUCCGGAAAGACCUGAUCGAGAGGGGUCAAAAGUUUCGGGAUUUGGCCGGCUUACACGUUCGGCACUGUAAAGGCAGCGCAUUCUUUAUGAACAAGGGGAAGGCUAUCAAAGUCAACAUCAACAGCAGAGUGGCAGUGGACGCCGCAUUUUUCCAUGAAAUGCAGCCAAACUACUCUCGACCAUCACUCCGCGAUAUUGGGGUCAAGGAUAAGGAUGGAAUUGCAGUCAUUAACAUUGGUGCAAUGCUCAUGGAGGACCGUGAGCGAGAGAAGGAGAAAAUGCGAGGAAACGGUGUGGAUGCACAAAAGCUGAGCGAGGCCGAUUUACUGGUCGCCUGCCCAACAGUUUGCUGUUUCAGUUUCAAGGAGAAAAUGUUCUUGGAGUGCGCAGUUAGUGCUCUUAGGGACGUGGAUUGGUCACCUGAGUCGUUCGACUGCCUGAAGAUCCCUUCAGAGACCAAGACCAUCCUCUUGUCAUUGGCGAAAACCCGCCUAGGGAUGAUACCAACGGUACCGUUCGACGACGUAAUUGAUGGAAAGGGCCAAGGAUUCAACAUUCUUCUGAAUGGCCCACCGGGAGUCGGAAAGACUUUCACGGUCGAGGCAACCUCGGAGUAUUUCAAGCUCCCCCUCUAUUCGAUAUCUGCAGGCGAACUUGUUGUCAACCACGGAGAUUCCAAUGCGCUUGAGCAACAACUUGAAACAGUAUUCAAGAUCGCCAAACACUUUAAUGCCGUGCUUCUCUUGGAUGAGGCAGACGCGUUCAUGGAGCAGCGUACAUCAUACCACGAUACCCACAAUCGCCUUGUGACCAUUUUCCUCCGAAAGCUGGAAUAUUAUCAAGGAAUUCUUUUCUUGACUUCAAAUCGGGGUAUCCAGUUUGAUGACGCGAUUCUCAGCCGGAUCCAUUUGAUCAUUGAGUAUGAGAAUUUAACGAGAGAGUUUCGCAGAGAUCUCUGGUCAACUUUUCUGUCCAAGGCAUGUACGAUGCAAGGACCUGCCAUUGUUGAGGAGCACGAACUCCGACGAUUGGAGUCUUUAGCUCUGAAUGGACGAGAGAUCAAAAACGUCGCAGCAAUUGCACACGCUCUCGCUGAGGCUGACGUCAACCAGGUGAACUACAAAUACUUGAAGUUAGCCGCCGAAUCAAAUAAGAAAUUUUCAAAGGAGUUUGGCAGAGAGAGGCCUGCUGAUGGAAUGUAUGUCUAACAGCAUACCUGGGAAAGUCAUGUGGAUAAUCUCGUUCCUCGAGGUUGCCGAGCGGUUGGGCGCUUAUCGCAAUAUUUUCGGUUAGUACAAUACAGUCCAUAAUAUCGGUCCUGAAGCUUCAUAGUUGAAUCAAGGUUUUCAUGUGAUUCAU